AUGGCGGCAAGCUUAGUAUCGCGAUACCCAUGGGUAUCUAGUCCAUUUGUGGUCAGCGCCCCCAUGAAAGUCAUGUCGGGUCCAGCACUGGCAGUAGCCGUCUCUCGCGCCGGUGGAUUAGGGUUCAUUGGCCCCGGUGCCAAAACACAGGAUACCAGUGAUGAUCUCGAGAAAGCAUCAUCGCUCAUACGCCAAGGGGCUAGCACAGUACCGACUCCCGGCUCGACACUACCUAUCGGCAUAGGAUACCAACUCUGGGCUGAUGACAUUAAUGUUGCCGUUGCUGCUAUCAAGAAGCACCAACCAUGUGCAGCCUGGCUGUACGCUCCACGACAGGGACCCAAGGAAUACGACGACUGGUCUAGCAAGAUCCGUCAAGUAUCCCCCCGUACCCAAAUCUGGAUUCAAAUUGGCACUGUGAAGGAGGCAAAGGAGCUACUUCGAAACCUUGAGCUACCAGAUGUUGUUGUUGUGCAAGGGGCUGAAUCUGGUGGCCACGGUCGGGCGAAGGAUGGAAUGGGGCUUAUGGCGUUGUUCCCCGAAGUGGCAGAUGCUAUGGCAGGCAGCCGAAUUCCUUUGUUUGCAGCUGGUGGAAUUGCAGAUGGGCGCGGUGUUGCAGCAGCUAUGUGCCUCGGAGCUUCGGGUGUGGCGAUGGGGACUCGGUUCCUAGCUGCCAGUGAAGCACGUAUUAGCCGGGGUUACCAGGACGAGGUUGUACGUGCAGCCGAUGGUGCAGUCUCGACCACACGUACGUUACUAUAUAAUCAACUCAGGGGCACUUUUGGGUGGCCAGAGGAAUAUAGUCCCCGGACUAUAAUAAACAAAUCAUUCGUUGAGCAGCAGGAAGGGAAGUCGUUUGAGGAACUAAAAAGACUUCAUGAUGAAGCUGCUAAGACGGGUGAUAAGGGCUGGGGACCCGAGGGGAGACUUGCGACAUAUGCAGGAGCCUCCGUUGGACUGAUACAUGAUGUGAAAGGUGCUGGGGAUAUUGUCCAUGGGAUUCGAGAGGAUGCAUUGGAAAUAAUUCAGCGGCUGUGUCCCUGA